GAAUGCAGAAAGCAUGAGAUUUCAAGGCCGCCAGACACUUCUCCUGUGCUACUGUACCACCUAUAUGCCUGCCUCCACUACAUCCAAUCGCAGAUCGCAGCAAUGGAGGUAGCGAAAGGCGUCCGAUCUGCGGUGAGGAUCAACGGCUGCGCGGAUCAGGCGGCGUCGGACUUCGAAUCGGUGUGCGAGAAGGUGAGCGCGCUCGUCUCCGGCAACGCGGUGGUCGUCUUCACCAUCAGCGGCUGCUGCAUGUGCCACGUCGUCAAGCAGCUCCUCUUCGGCCUCGGCGUCGGUCCUACCGUCGUCGAGCUCGACCGCGACGCCUCCGGCGGCCAGAUCCUCGCGCUGCUGCACCGCCUCUCCGCCAGCGGCGGAGGAAAGCCUGUUCCGGCGGUCUUCGUCGGCGGAAAGUUCCUCGGCGGGAUCGAGACCGUCAUGGCCUGCCACAUCAGCGGAUCGCUCGUUCCGCUCCUCAAAAACGCCGGUGCUCUCUGGCUCUGAUCUCUUCUCCUCCUGUUACUUUAACUAACUCCUUUAACCUAUUUCCGUUUCAUCAUCACAUAUGCAUGAAGAGAUUUGUGACAUAUUUCAUGUACAUAAAUUAUGCUAUGUUAUCAUAAAAACUCA